ACUUGGCCACAUUGCCGUCCAACUAGUAGUUGCUUGUUAUUCACGAAGCCGAAUGGUUCUCGACGAAUGCUUAGAUAAUGGCGUUGUGUGUUGAUAAAGAAAUCGACUGGCUGACCAGUACAAUUUUACCAGAGAUUCUGAAAAAUGGUCGUCUGGUUGAUAAUUACAGCGAAGCACUGCUGCCGAGCUUCAAGGUUGGGGAUAUCACAAUCGCUGUAAUUGGACCCGAGGAGGCCUUCAUGUUGACACAAUGCUAUCGAGCGACAAUUCAAUUCGAAUACGCCGGCGAGAAGUAUCAGCGUAAAAUGGUUGUUAAGAAAACGCCAGAGAUCCCAGCUGAGGCUUACAACGACGCUCAAUUUGAGAACUUAUUUCACAACGAAAUUUGUUUUUAUACGGAUAUACUGCCCAUUAUACAGAAACUGAGCGAUACCAAGUUUGCUGCGCCCACGUAUUAUUAUGGUGAGAUUAAAGCGGAGUCGGCUGUGAUCAUCUUGGGUGACUUUGCAUCGGAUGGCUGGAGUGUGACAAAGGCUAGAUAUGGUUUGAGUCUGGAGCAUGCGCGCAUUGCAGUCAAAUAUCUGGGCAGAUUUCAUGGCUUUGGCUAUGCUCUGAAGCACAAUCAGCCUGAACGUUUCAAGGAGCUUUCAGGCUGCUUUAGAGAAUCACGUUUUGCCAAUGACAACAUUAGUCCCGAGUGGGAUUUAAUAUCCAAAGUUGGACUGCAGCGUGCGGCUCAAUCAACCCACAAAUACCAUCCCGAAGUGGACAAGGAGUUUAUCAAAAAGUUUCAACAAUUGGUGUACAAAAGUGUGGGCUAUGGGCGUCAACGCGUGGCGCCUCGCGAGCCCCUCUCCACACUCUGCCAUGGCGACUAUCUGAGGAACAAUGUGGCCUACAAGUACGACGCGGACAGCAGUGGAACGCCUCUUGAUAUCAUGAUGUUCGACUAUCAGACAAUGCGUCUGUCCUCGCCCAUGGUAGAUCUGUCCGUCUUUCUGGCCAAUUCUGUGCUGGCAGAUGUGCGCUAUUCAAAUUUCGACACUAUUUUUGAUGAUUAUUGCGAGGCGCUGUUUGAGAGCUAUACGAAGCAAUCUAAUGAACAACUUCCAGCAUUCUUGAAUCGCGAGACUUUGCUGCAGGAGUACAUACGCUUUUUGCCAUAUUCGCUGGGCAUUUCAGCUUCAUUCCUCCCGUGGCUGGUCGCACCGCCACAACUUACGACCGCUGAAAUGUUCACUCAACAACAGUCCCAGGCGGAAAUUGUUGAAGCGUCCAUGACACAAGGCGGCGAAAUUGUUGAUCGUGAAAUUGCCCACCAGAUGAAGGAAAUGUUUGAGCUGAGUCAAUUGCAUAAUGUUCAAAUUGAUGAAGAUAUUGAUAACAGCGAAUGGAUUACAAGUGUUAAUUUUGCAUAUGUAGAUAACAAUUCACGGGAGCUUUGUCAUUGUGAAUGAGCAAAAAUAAAUAUUGCCAGAUG